GCACACGCACACGCGCACACACACACAUUCGGGCGCGCACACACGCAGCCGGCACAGGCGGCGGCGGCGGCGGCUGCUGCCCGAGUCAGGACGAACCUCUCUAGGUACCGUCUUGAGAAGGCGGCAGCGGCGGCGGCGGCGGCAGCGGCGGCGGCAGCGGCAGCAGCCCGAGCAUCCCUGCUCAAUCCGAGAGGGAGCACCGCCGAGAGUUCCCGUCCCCUCGGCCAUUCCCUUCCCCCCUCCUUUUCUUUAUUUGCGGGAGAAUUUCAGCUGCCUUAUUGAUUUCAUUUGAUUUGGAACAUUUUUGGUUGCUUUUGUGUGUGUGUGUGCGUGUGUGUGUGUGUGUGUGUGUGCGCGCUUUUUUUUUUUUUUCUUUCCUCAUUUUAUUUGCAUCCAGAGCAUGGCGGGCUGCGGGCUGUCAGAAGACACCUUCUCCUUCUUUUACAACUACGACUCCUCCUGGGAAACCCCUUCCAACCAGGUUUUUUGCGAAAAUCAGUGAACUAAUAUUGGUAAAAUUGGAGCCCCAUGGAUGAAGGGUACUUUUGUGCUGCUCUGGUUGGUGAAGACCAGCCUCUUUGCCCCGAUCUUCCUGAACUUGAUCUUUCUGAACUUGAUGUGAAUGACUUGGAUACAGACAGCUUUCUGGGUGGACUGAAGUGGUGUAGUGACCAAUCAGAAAUCCUAUCGAACCAGUACAACAAUGAGCCUGCGAACAUCUUUGAGAAGAUAGAUGAAGAGAAUGAGGCAAACUUGCUAGCAGUCCUCACAGAGACACUGGACAGUCUCCCGGUGGAUGAAGACGGAUUGCCCUCAUUUGAUGCACUGACAGAUGGAGACGUGACCACUGACAACGAGGCCAGUCCUUCCUCCAUGCCUCACGGCACCCCUCCACCUCAGGAGGCAGAAGAGCCGUCUCUACUCAAGAAGCUCUUACUGGCACCAGCCAACACUCAGCUGAGCUACAAUGAAUGCAGCGGUCUUAGCACUCAGAACCAUGCAAACCACAACCACAGGAUCAGAACAAGCCCUGCAGUUGUUAAGACCGAGAAUUCAUGGAGCAAUAAAGCGAAGAGCAUUUGUCAACAGCAAAAGCCACAAAGACGUCCCUGCUCAGAGCUUCUCAAGUAUCUGACCACAAGCGAUGACCCUCCUCACCCCAAACACGCAGAAAACAGGAACAGCAGCAGAGACAAAUGCUCCGCCAAAAAGAAGCCCCACACACAAUCCCAGUCGCACCAUGCACAAGCCAAACCAACAACUUUAUCUCUUCCUCUGACCCCAGAGUCACCAAAUGACCCCAAGGGUUCCCCAUUUGAGAACAAGACUAUUGAACGAACCUUAAGUGUGGAACUCUCUGGAACUGCAGGCCUAACUCCACCCACAACUCCUCCUCAUAAAGCCAACCAAGAUAACCCUUUCAGGGCUUCUCCGAAGCUGAAGUCCUCUUGCAAGACUGUGGUGCCACCGCCGUCAAAGAAGGCCCAGUACAGUGAGUGUUCUGGUCCCCAAGGCAGUCACUCCACCAAGAAAGGGCCAGAGCAAUCCGAGUUGUACGCACAGCUCAGCAAGUCCUCAGUGCUCAGCAGGGGACACGAGGAAAGGAAGACUAAGCGGCCCAGCCUUCGGCUGUUUGGUGACCAUGACUACUGUCAGUCAGUCAAUUCCAAAACGGAUAUACUCAUUAACAUAUCACAGGAGCUCCAAGACUCUAGACAACUAGACUACAAAGAUGCCUCCAAUGACUGGCAGGGGCACAUUUGUUCUUCCACAGAUUCAGACCAGUGCUACCUGAGAGAGACUUUGGAGGCCAGCAAGCAGGUCUCUCCUUGCAGCACCAGAAAACAGCUUCAAGACCAGGAAAUCCGAGCCGAGCUGAACAAGCACUUCGGUCAUCCCAGUCAAGCUGUUUUUGACAAUGAAGCAGACAAGACCAGUGAACUGAGGGGCGGUGAUUUCAGUAAUGAACAAUUCUCCAAACUACCUGUGUUUAUUAAUUCAGGACUAGCCAUGGAUGGUCUGUUUGACGACAGCGAAGAUGAAAGUGAUAAACUGAGCUACCCUUGGGAUGGCACGCAGUCCUACUCAUUGUUUGAUGUGUCCCCUUCUUGCUCUUCUUUUAACUCUCCGUGUCGAGAUUCAGUGUCACCACCCAAAUCCUUAUUUUCUCAAAGACCCCAAAGGAUGCGCUCUCGUUCAAGAUCCUUUUCUCGACACAGGUCAUGUUCCCGGUCACCAUAUUCCAGGUCAAGAUCAAGGUCCCCAGGCAGUAGAUCCUCUUCAAGGUCCUGUUACUACUAUGAAUCAAGCCACUACAGACACCGCACCUACCGAAACUCUCCCUUGUAUGUGAGAUCACGUUCAAGAUCACCCUACAGCCGUAGGCCCAGGUAUGACAGCUAUGAGGCCUAUCAGCAUGAAAGGCUGAAGAGGGAAGAGUACCAUAAAGAGUAUGAGAAGAGAGAAUCUGAAAGGGCCAAGCAGAGGGAGAGGCAGAAGCAGAAAGCCAUUGAAGAACGGCGUGUGAUUUACGUUGGUAAAAUCAGACCUGACAUAACGCGGACAGAACUGAGGGACCGCUUUGAAGUUUUUGGUGAAAUUGAGGAAUGCACAGUAAAUCUGCGGGAUGAUGGAGACAACUAUGGUUUCAUCACCUACCGUUACACCUGUGAUGCUUUCGCUGCUCUUGAAAACGGAUAUACUUUACGCAGGUCGAACGAAACUGACUUCGAGCUGUACUUUUGUGGACGCAAGCAGUUUUUCAAGUCUAACUAUGCAGACCUAGAUUCAAACUCAGAUGACUUUGACCCUGCUUCCGCCAAGAGCAAGUACGACUCUCUGGAUUUUGAUAGUUUACUGAAAGAAGCUCAGAGAAGCUUGCGCAGGUAACAUGUUCCCUGGCUGAGGAUGACAGAAAGAUGGUGAAUACCUCACGGGACAGCGUGUCCAUCCCCAACAGACUCUUACAAGUCAUACUUAGAACUUCUCCUACUUACGCUCUCUGUACAAAAACAAAGCAAAGCAAAGCAAACAUACAACAACACAAGAACAAGAGCAAUGGUUUACAUGAACAGAGCUGCUGAAGAGGCAAGAGACAGAAUGAUUUCCUGUAAGCACAUGUUUAUUCAAGGGUGUCAGCUUUGCUUUCCCUGGAGGCUCUUGUGACUGACAGAGUGAGUGAGUGUGUGUGUGUGUGUGUGUGUGUGUGUGUAUGUGGUGUGUGGUGCGUGUGCGCGCAUGCUCACUGGGAGGGGGAAGUAGCGUGUGCAUAUGUGAGGACUGGGGCACCUGACCAGAACAAGCAAGGGCAAACCACUUCAAAUGGCAGCAGUUCCAUGAAGACAUACGUAAAACCUAGAACUUCAAAAUGUUCAUAUUCUAUACAAAAGGAAAAAUAUAAAUAUAUAUAUAAAUUUAAAAGGAAAGAAAACUCACAAACCACCCUAAAAUGACACUGCUGAUGUCUGUCGUCAGCCUCCGUACUGUCUUUUAAGAAAGUGCAAAACCAACUUACAGCAAGCUUUCUCUCUUAAUGCAAUGAUUCUCUGACAAUCCCGAAGAAACCACAGGUUCCAUAGAACUAAUAUCCUGUCUUUCUCUCUGUCUUCUUUUUCUUUUUCCUUUUGCCAUGGAAUCUGGGUGGGAGAGGAUACCGCAAGCACCAGAUGCUAAACUUUCCUAACAUUUUGAAGUUUCUGUAGUUCGUCCUUUGUCCUGACAUUCAUGUAAAUGUCCAAAAUGUUGCUCUUCCACUGCAAAUUUUAAAAAGCCUUGUCAUUGGUCAAGUGGGGAGCGUGUUCAGCAGUUCUUUCUGAGGAGCGGACGCGGUGUUGCAUUACUACUGAGAGUUGAGUAGAACUCUCUGGAUGUGUUCAGAUAGUGUAAUUGCUACAUUCUCUGAUGUAGUUAAGUAUUUACAGAUGUUAAAUGGAGUAUUUUUAUUUUAUGUACAUACGAUAAAACUAUGUUCUUUUUUGUUACAGCUAUGCACUGUAAAUGCAGCUUUCUUUUCAAAACUGCUAAAUUUUUCUUAAUCAAGAAUAUUCAAAUGUAAUUAUGAGGUGAAACAAUUAUUGUACACUAACCUAUUUAGAAGCUGAACUUACUGCUUAUAUAUAUUUGAUUGUAAAAAAAACAAAACAAAACAAAACAAAAGACAGUGUGUGUGUCCGUUGAGUGCAGCUACAACAAAUCACGCUUCACGCACAUCCGUCCCUUCUUAGGUGAGCUUCCAUCUAAACAUCUUGUGAACAAAUAAAUAUCCUAGGCCCCUAAAGCUGUUAACCACUUCUGUGAUAUUUUUCCACAUUUUCUUGUUGCUUGUUUUUCUUUGAAGUUUUAUACACUGGAUUUGUUAGGGGAAUGAAAUUUUCUCAUCUAAAAUUUUUCUAGAAGAUAUCAUGAUUUUAUGUAAAGUCUCUCAAUGGGGAACCAUUAAGAAAUGUUUUUAUUUUCUCUAUCAACAGUAGUUUUGAAACUAGAGGUCAAAAAAAUCUUUUUAAAAUGCUGUUUUGUUUUAAUUUUUAUGAUUUUAAUUUGAUACAAAAUGCUGAGGUAACAAUUACAGUAUGAUUUUUACAAUAAUUAAUGUGUGUCUGAAGACUAUCUUUGAAGCCAGUAUCUCUUUCCCUUGGCAGAGUAUGAUGAUGGUAUUUAAUCUGUAUUUUUUACAGUUAUGCAUCCUGUAUAAAUACUGAUAUUUCAUUCCUUUGUUUACUAAAGAGACAUAUUUAUCAGUUGCAGAUAGCCUAUUUAUUAUAAAUUAUGAGAUGAUGAGAAUAAUAAAGCCAGUGGAGACUUUGUACCCAGGAUGCAUGGCGCUUGUCAGGUUGGAGGGUAAGUUCUGCACUGGGGAAACAGCUCUCGCAGAAGCAAUGUUCCUACUACACUCGCAUGGCCUCCAACAUGUUCUUGAUGACAUUGCUUCUGCUAAAUUUAGUAAUAACAAUAAAAGAUCUUCAGAAAAACACCUCCGUUUUGAGCAUCAGGAUUUCAUCUGAGUGUGGAGUUCCUGCCAUGAAAGUCACAAAAGUUUGUAGUGUAUAAUCGAUUUCCAAAUUGAGAUCCAACUAUUGUUUGGCUGGCAUGACUCUUCCGGAAGAUGUGCUAGACCUACUAUGUAAUUGUUCUGUUCCUUUUCUCACCCAACAUGAUCUUACAAAAUGGGUUUCACCCCCAGGCUGAUGCAGCUAGUUUUGAUAGCUGUGUUCAUUUAUCACCAGCAUACUGUGUUCUGAGUGAAUCCACUGUCUGUCCUGUCGGAUGCUUGCGCAAGUUUUUGGCUUCUUAUUUCUAAGUAGAUAGAAAGCAAUAAAUAACUAUGAAAUAAAAGAACUUUGUUCACAGGUUCUGCGUUACAACAGUAACACAUCUUUAAUCCGCCUAAUCCUUGUUGUUCUGUAGGUUAAAUGCAGGUAUUUUAACUCUUUGUGAACGCCAAACUAAAGUUUACAGUCUUUCUUUCUGAAUUUUGAGUAUCUUCUGUUGUAGAAUACUAAUAAAAAAGACUAUUAAGAGCAAUAAAUUAUUUUUAAGAAAUCAAUAUUUAGUAAAUCCUGUUAUGUGUUUAAGGACCAGAUGCGUUCUCUAUUUUGCCUUUAAAUUUUUGUGAUCCAACUUUAAAUACAUUCUCUUUUUCGCCCUGGAUUGUGGACAUGAGUGAAAUACUUAGUUUCUUUUCUUACUUAUCAAAAGACAAUACUACAGAUUUCAUGUUGACGAUUAGUUCAUUUCCCCCACCCUCUGGUCUGACAAAUCUUGUUACCAUGAAGAUAGUUUUCCUCCUUGGAUUUCAAAUUGCAUCUAAAAUUAGUGAAGCUUUUGUAUCUUAAUGCAGACACUGUGGGUAGCCCAUCAAAAUAUAAACUGUAAGCUGUGUUCCUUCCAUUCUUAAUUCUUUUGAGAGAGAAUAUUUCCAAUGAACACAUGCACCCCACCAUCAUGGGAGGCAAAUUUCAGCAUAGAUCUCUAAGACUUUGAGAUAGAUGACUGUGGUUGUUGCCUUCGUGCUGUGGUAAGGACCACAUCUACAAUUUUGGUAACCGAACUGGUGCUUUAGAAAUGUGGGGUUUUUUUUUAAAGAGAUGUAGCAGAAUAUUUCUUCCAGUGCAACAAAAUCAAUUUUUGCUAAAGGACUCAGAACAACGGUUGGGCUGUCAACACUCAAAGCAGCAGAGGGAACUUGGCACUAUUGGGGUGUGAUGUUUGGGUCAGUUGAAAAAAGGAACCCGUUUCAUGCCUUUAGAUGUGAGCUAACAGUAGGUAAUGAUUAUGUGUCCUUUUUUGAAGGCUGUAACGAGAACUUCAAUCACUGUAGUCUAAGACCUGAUCUAUAGAUGACCUAGAAUAGCCAUGUAAUAUAAUGUGAUGAUUCUAAAUUUGUACCUAUGUGACAGACAUUUUCAAUAAUGUGAAAACUGCUGAUUUGAUGGAGCUACUUUAAGAUUUGUAGGUGAAAGUGUAAUAUUGUUGGUUGAACUAUGCUGAAGAGGGAAAGUGAGCGAUUAGAUGGGCCCUUGCUGGGCUCUUUUCCACCUGCCAAUUCUACAUGUAUUGUGGUUUUAUUCAUUGUAUGAAAAUUCCUGUGAUUUUUUUUAAUGUGCAGUACACAUCAGCCUCACUGAGCUAAUAAAGGGAAACGAAUGUUUCAAAUCUA